GUGUGCAGCCGUGCAAACAGCAAGAUGGCAGCCUCUGUCAGACAUGAUCUUACACAACUGAUGAAUUCUAGCGGAUCGCAUAAGGAUCUAGCCGGAAAGUACCGUCAAAUAUUAGAAAAAGCACUUCAACUCCCUGGCCCAGAACAACUUGAAGCAUUGAAAGCUUUUGUUGAAGCAAUGGUAAAUGAGAAUGUCAGUUUGGUGAUUUCACGUCAGCUACUCACUGAUUUCUGCACCCACCUCCCCAGUCUGCCUGAUGGCAUUGCUAAGGAAAUCUACCACUUCACCCUGGAGAAGAUCCAACCAAGAGUCAUUUCUUUUGAAGAACAGGUUGCAUCAGUCAGACAGCAUUUGGCAUCCAUUUAUGAGAAAGAAGAGGAUUGGAGAAAUGCUGCUCAAGUGCUAGUGGGAAUACCUUUAGAAACAGGACAAAAACAAUACAAUGCAGACUAUAAGUUAGAGACUUACUUGAAAAUUGCCAGGCUGUACUUGGAAGAUGAUGACCCAGUACAGGCAGAAGCCUAUAUUAACAGGGCGUCACUUUUGCAGAAUGAUUCAACCAAUAAACAGCUUCAAAUCCAUUAUAAGGUGUGUUAUGCCCGUGUGCUUGAAUACAGGAGAAAAUUCAUAGAAGCUGCUCAGCGAUACAAUGAGCUCUCAUACAAAAGUAUAGUGCAUGAAAGUGAGAGGAUGGAGGCAUUAAAACACGCCCUACACUGCACUAUACUAGCUUCUGCAGGUCAACAGCGUUCUCGAAUGUUGGCUACUUUGUUUAAGGAUGAGCGAUGCCAGCAGCUGGCAGCCUAUGGAAUCCUGGAGAAGAUGUACCUGGACAGGAUUAUAAGGGGAAAUCAGCUUCAGGAGUUUGCUGCUAUGCUCAUGCCACAUCAGAAAGCUACAACUGGAGAUGGUUCUAGUAUUUUAGACAGAGCUGUGAUUGAGCACAACUUGUUAUCAGCAAGCAAGCUUUACAAUAAUAUUACAUUUGAGGAACUUGGAGCUUUGUUAGAAAUUCCAGCUGCUAAGGCAGAAAAAAUAGCUGAUGAUUACAGAGGGACGAAUGAAUGGAUUUAUUGACCAGAUUGAUGGGAUUGUUCAUUUUGAAAAUUUAUUUAUCUCCUAUUUGGUGGAAUUGUUUUAUCGUGUGUUUCCAUGGGACCAUAUUCAGUAAUCAUCUUUAUCCCAGUCCUGGC